AUGAAAGGUCUCAUCACAGCCUCCUCGGCCGCCCUUUCCUUGGCUGGUGGUGCUCUUGCUACCCCGACUACUCCUCGUACAGAUCUGCUUUUCUUCAAGCCUCUGGCCGUUACAUCAAACUCGGUACAUAACGUCCACGUUGGCUAUGGCGACGAUGAUUUCGAGGGCGAAGUCCGAUUGGUUUAUGGCGAUUGCGCUAUGAAGAGCCACGGCGACAGGCAUCACGACAUCGCCUCACAUUACAUCAAGCGAUCCGGUCGACCUGAAAGAUUUGUUUGGAUCGUACCAGAGGAUGCUGUUGAUAGCGGCUGUAUCCACGCUUACUCCGGGUCCACACUCAUUGGACGCUCAACACGUGUUCCAGUAAAGCAUCAACCGCGGAGACGAGAGGACAUUUCAGCCGUUGCUGAUGCCAUGGGCCCCUGGUUCGACGGUGUAGCCUACAUGAAGGCUAAGCAGAACAAUGCAUCGUAUGUUGCAGUCGAAAAGAGCAAGAAGAUUGCUAUCAUUGGAGGAGGAAUGUCCGGCCUGAUGACCAGUCUUCUACUGGACUCAGUAGGUGUUCACGACUGGCACAUUACAGAAUCUUCGCAACGCAUCGGCGGCCGUAUCCGAACCAAGUACUUGGCAGGUAGCACUCCGGAACAAUACCAAUACCAAGAGAUGGGACCCAUGCGCUUCCCAGUAUCGACCUUUUACCCGGAUGCGAACGAGACUCUCGACAUCCAAGAUCACAAGAUGGUUUUCCAGCUUGGAGCCACCCUGAACAAGAUGAACGGUGGCAACACCAGCAGCCUUGCUGUGAACUUCAUUCCAUGGAUCCAGUCCAGCCCGAACGUGCCUGCCAGUUCGAACGGCUUCCUUCUACCCAACGGACGCGUUCCCAGUGCUACGCAGAUCAAGAACAAUGCUACCGCAUACACCUUACCCCCUGUCGAGGGCGCUCCUGACGAGAAGACUGUAGACGACGUCACUGAGGCCUUGGAGAAGUGGGAAGAUAUCACCCCUGCCGACUUGAAGGGCAUUGCGGCCAAUGUCUUCCAAGCUCACAAGGAUGCUGUAUCGAAGGGUCUCUUUCACUGGUCUGAGGCUGCAUACAUCAAGUAUGCACUCAACGCGAGCGAUGAUGUAGUCGAUUAUAUCACUGGCAACGACGACGGUCCCAUCUGGAACUACGACACCGUGUACUUUGGUGCCACUACCUGGCGGACGAUUGACAAGGGUCUGGAGUCGCUGCCUCGCGCUUUUUACCCGCACGUCCAGGAUCGUUUGACUCUCGGCCGCAAGGUUACCGGUCUGAAACAUGACGAAAGCACCGGCAAGAUCGCAGUGCAAUGGCGUCAAGAUCCUUUGGCGAUGGAACCGGAAAACGAAGAGUACGACUACGCGGUUGUUGCAGUGCCUUUCUCAAAGGUUAGGCUCUGGAAUCUUCCUAGGUACUCAUCGCUCUUGUCUCGUGCCAUCAGCGAGAUGAACUACCAGCAAUCCUGCAAGGUUUCACUACGCUACAAGACUCGUUUCUGGGAAAAGUUGUCGCCUCCUAUCAUUGGUGGUUGCGGUUCAGUCGAUAUCGCGGGUAUUGGCAGCGUCUGCUACCCCUCGUACAAGAUCAACUCAACAGGCCCCGGUGUCAUCCUCGGCUCUUACAUCUCUGGCACUCUCGCCCGCUCAGUUGGCGCACUCAGCGAAGCUGACCAUGUCGCCAUGGUACAGCGCGCGAUGGUAGAGAUUCAUGGCGACAUCGCUGCAGAGCAAUGGACAGGCGCAUACGAACGCCAGUGCUGGGAGACUGACGAGCACCAGGCUGGCGCUUGGGCUGCGCCAACCGUCGGGCAGCAAGACUUGUUCCUACCCGCCUACUACAAGACCGAACUCAAGACUAUUUUCAUUGGUGAACACACGAGCUACACACAUGCAUGGAUCUUCUCAGCACUCGACUCAGCUGUGCGCGGCACGUCUCAACUCCUGUUGGACAUGGGUCUCGUUGAUGAAGCCAAACAGAUUGUAGACACCUGGAUGGGAAGGUGGAUCUCCAUAUAG